GCAAUGCCCCGCAGGCACCACGGAGAAACCUCGAGCGAGGCUGCAUUGCCGCAGCCGCCGUUGGUCGAGAUGGUCUUUCUUGGCACAGCUUCCAUGGUGUCUUCCUCUACACGCCAUGUAUCUGGCAUCGGCGUUGCCAUCGGCGGCGAUUGCUGGAUCUUUGACGCCGGAGAAGGCACAGGAACGCAGUUGGCGAAGUCGGCCGUGCUGCAGAGCGCUGUGUCUCGGGUGUUUGUGACGCACAUGCAUGGCGAUCAUGUGUUUGGCUUGAUGGGCUUGCUCCUGUCUGUCGGAUGCACCGGCGAGCCCCGUAUCAUCCAGGUUGUCGGCCCGCCAGGCUUGCGAAAGUACUUGCGACGCAACCUCGCCGAUACAGAGUCCAACAUGUUGUGCCAAUAUCGAGUUGACGAGCUCUGGUUUGGCGAGGCACCAGCGAGUGAUAUCUACGACGCCGACCCGUUGUAUGUACCGAUGGAACUACCUGGCCUCAACGUGGCUCCUCUGAACGACGGGACGUGGCGGGUCCCGCCGCCUCCAUCCACAGGGAAACUCCAUCCCCGACAUCAGCAUAUCGACAACAGUGGGAACGUUGAGGAGACGUUCUUCGUUUGUGCAGCCCCGCUGAAGCACACGCUCGAGCCCUGUUAUGCCUUUGUCAUUCAAGAACGAGAUUACCCCGGCCGAGUUCACCUGACGAGCGAUCUCAAAUCUCGGCUGCUUGCGCCCGACAACCAAGAGUUCUUGCAACGACGUGACAUAUCGAACCCACUCGCAGUCUUGACGGCGCUUCAGCACGGCCACUCUGUGGAGCUCGUGGACGGAACUCUGUUGCCGGAAGAUGUCUUAAGCGAGCGUAGAAUUGGCCGUCGUCUCGCCAUUCUCGGUGACACGUGCGACUCCCGUGCUGUGGCGCGACUAGCCGUUGGCGCCGAUGUCGUGGUCAGUUGGAGCACUUCACCAAGCAGUGAAAUGGAAUCAUUCGUAGGUGCACGAAUGCACGAACGCCUUCAUCGACAUGUUGGACGGUGCCCAUUCCACGUUCAACGAAGUUGAAGCCACGACGUACGUCCAUGGGCACUCGACUCCGCGGACCGCCGGCCGGUUUGCUCAGGCGCUGCGAUGCCGGCACUUGAUUCUUACGCACUUUAGCCGUCGAUACAAAGACGACGGGUCGAUGGAACCAGUCAUGGAAUGCAUUCGCCAGCAGUGUGCAUCGCACUACGACUCUGGCAAGAUCGAGUGCGCCCACGACCUUGAAGUCGUCACCAUAAAAAUUCCCAAGGGCGACAGGUACUCGGACAAAGAGCAAGCGUACAGAGAUGCUGCGUCGGCUGCCGACGACGCCAAAGCGCAUGCGAAAGCAUUUUUCCUGGCGCGGAAGACCUCGCUCUCUCACCGAACUCGUCGCUUGCUCGAGUGAACUGUACCCAUGUGGAAUGGAAUGAACGACGAAGCGUCAAAAGUACGGAUAUAUCCGGAUGCAAAUGUUGCAAAGUAUCAAUUCAACUGAAGCUUGAGCCGUGCCGUCCAAGGUGGCAGUCGAGUCGUCGGCAAUGAGCGGAGGGCCCUUGUGGCUGGAAUACUCGCAUGUGACGUGUAGAGAGCGACGACGGCAUUCCAAGGCCGAGUCAAGCAUGCCAUUGACCCUUGACCGAACGCGUUCAUGGCAAAAAGAUAUCCGGAUAAAGUCCGAAUAACAACACAACAACAUUUCUCGAA